AUGUCAGCCAUCACAAUUUCCAAAAAAGAAGCGCCAAAAGUUGAGAAGAAAGAAGUUGAAGAAGAGGAAUUUGAAGAGUUUCCAGUUCAAGAAUGGGCUGAAAGACAAGAAGGGGAAGAUGAAGAAGUCAAUGUUUGGGAGGAUAAUUGGGAUGACGAAACACACGAAAGCGAAUUCUCGAAACAAUUGAAGUACGUUGAACUUUCAUAUCAUAUCUAA